AUGAGCGACCUCCAGCGAGCUUGGGCAAAACAGAAGCUUGGGCUUGCUCCCGAGCCCUUUGAAGAGCUGGACGAGGCUGAGGAAGACCAGGUGCCGGAGCUGCCAGAGGGACUGGACGACGACUCGUCCUCGGCCUCCUCGGUCUCCUCCACGGGAACGAUUAUCCCGACGCCGAGCCAGAAGCUCUUUGCUCGCCCCCAAGGCGUAGCGAGGGGCCGGACGCUGGAGCAGAUUCCCUGGACAACCUACUUUGAACGAGAGCUGUUUCUCAAGUCGGACACCAACCCGGAGGUGAUUUACCAUGUAUACCUCAACUCGCCGGUGGAUAAGGGGCCCUUGUACGUUAUGCAUCACGGUGCUGGAUCUUCGGGAUUGUCCUUUGCUCUGGUGGGCUCUGAGAUACGGAAACGGCUGCCGAAUGCUGGCAUACUGGCAGUCGAUUGCAGAGGCCACGGCUCUACUACUGCGCCUGAUGGAGCGGCUCUGGAUUUGAGACUUGAUACGCUAUCAUCAGAUCUCUUUGCCAUGGUGGAGGCAACAAAAACACAAAUGAGCUGGCCAGAGCUGCCCCCAAUAGUCCUCGUGGGCCACUCGUUGGGCGGCGCUGUCGUCACCGACCUGGCCAUGUCCGGGAAGCUGGGCACCUCCCUCUUGGCAUAUGCGGUCCUGGACGUCGUCGAGGGCUCUGCAAUGGAUGCACUGCAGAGCAUGCAGACGUACCUGUCCACGAGACCAGGGGGGUUUGCAACCGUCGAGUCGGGCAUUGACUGGCACAUCAGGACCCGAACUAUUAGAAACUCAGUCUCUGCUAGAGCCUCGGUGCCGGCGCUACUGGUCUGGGAUGAGAGCAAAGAUGUUUCUCGCCCCUGGAGAUGGAGAACAAAUCUCGCGGCCACGCAGCCGUUUUGGGAGGAUUGGUUCGUGGGUUUGAGCAAGAAGUUUUUGGGGGCUCGUGGUGGAAAGCUGUUGCUGCUUGCUGGCACAGAUCGACUAGACACGGAAUUGACAAUUGGGCAGAUGCAAGGAAAAUACGCUCUCCAAGUAUUCCCCGAUGCUGGGCACUUCAUUCACGAAGACAAACCAGAGCAGACAGCCAUCUCUCUGGUCGAUUUCUAUCGGCGAAAUGACAGGAGUGCGUUGGUCCUGCCACCAAAGGUCUCCGAGCUCUUGAGGCAGGGCAAGAAAGUAUAA